AUGGUGCAAACUUCCACACUAGUCAAGAUCGCUGCUGGAACGUUUUUGGUUGGGUCAACGGGUUUGUAUUUAGCACAGAAAUCUGUACAGCGCCGUGUACGAAAACUACCUCAUUACUUGGAAAGUCUUCAUAUCGUUGGGAAACACGACAAAGCUAGGGAAGCUCUGGGCCCUCCCAUUCGGCUGGGUGCCGUGGAUCUCGCAGAUCGACGUCAUAAUUAUGUAGGAAAAACUACUAGCAUGUUACGAAUUCCUGUCAGUGGUGUCGUAUCGGGCGGUUAUUUGGACGUCAUGGCUGUCCGCGAUGACGAAAAAUCACCGUUUGUAACUGCCAAGAUAAGACUAGUGAUGGACGAUAGUGCCGUUUCCAUCUAUGACACAGAGAUUUUUUCUGCUCAUAAGAUGUCGAUCAACAUUAGUCACUGA